AUGGUAGAAGCUCUACAAGACCAUGUGAACUUCAACAUGCCCACUCUCGAAAUAAAUGUGCCUGACGAAUGCCACCUGAACCGCACGGCCGAAAGGGCCGUUCUCACUGUGAGUGUAUCGGCAGAGAGUCCAAAACAAGAAGAAGCGGCACAGAAUGCCACCAACACAGUAAAUAGCCUGCACCAGCUGUUUCGCGAGUUAUCUCCAAAGACGGAGAGCAGGGGUGCCACCCCUGAAGCAGCCGUUACUCUAUUUACUAUAGGAUCAAUCUCCUCCUCGUCGGCGAUCCCACUAGACGACAAAGGCAAACCCGCCGGCCCACGCAAAUUUUUUCAGCCUAUGCCAAUAUCUCCGCGAUUUUCCGCGACUUCGUUAUGCUCAGCAUAG